AUGUGGCUCAACUUGCCGCGACUUCUGUACAUCUUGCUGGUACCGUCGUUGGUGAUUGGCAAGAUUGAUAGGGAAAAGGUCGUUUCGCAAUUCAACAUCAAACGCAAUAGCUUGAUCAAUAACGAGACAACCCCUCUCCAAGUUGGCAAUGGAAACUUCGCGUUCAACGUAGAUAAUACCGGUCUUCAGACGUUCCUGCCCUUCAACACCCUGUCCUCUUGGGCAUGGCACAACGAUUCGCUCCCGGCCAAUGGCGAGUUACCCUCCGAUUACAAGGGCUUGCCAAGGGACACAUACGGCCGGGAGGUCUUCUACGAUAUCCCAGAUCCGAAAUUGCGACAAGCUACUCAAUGGUUGAUCGGCAACCCAAAUCGAAUUAAUCUUGGGCGCGUUGGCUUACGGUAUAAAGGGGACACGCUACAAAAAGCCGACAUUAAGAGCCCAAAUCAAGAGCUUGAUCUGUGGAGCGGAGUGGUGACAUCAAAUUUCGAAGUUGCUGGUAAAUCAGUCAAAGUUGUUACUCAGGGAGAUUUUGACUCUGAUGCUGUGGCAAUCAGCAUUGAGUCUGAACUCAUCCUUUCUGGCGAUCUGCAAAUCGAGCUGGACUUUCCAUACCCGCCGAUCCACUCAACACAGUAUAAGUAUGAGGUAUUUGCUGGCGUCUAUGACUUCCCACUCAAUCACACCACGACACUGGAAGGAGAUGGAAGCGAUCGCACAUCAGCCCACAUCCAACAUGUGCUACAAGCGACAAGCUACUUUAUCAACCUACGCUGGCCGAAACAGACACCCCUGAAGCUUAGCAGAAAUGAUCCUCCGAAUUCGACUGCCGUCACAGCACACCGAUACACUCUGAGUUCAGUAUCGAAUACCUCAUCUAUAGCUUUCACCACUCAUUUCUCGCCUGACUCCCGCGUCCCCAGCUUUCCUGUCAAGAUCCAAGAGAAGAGCGUUCGAGAGUGGAACGCAUAUUGGAAGAAUGGUGGUUUCGUUGAUCUGACGGCAUCAGCAAACCCCAAUGCGACUGAACUCCAGCGGCGAAUCAUCAAGUCUCAGUACCAUGUGCGUGUUAAUAGUGCAGGAAGUGGUCAGCCACCUCAAGAGAGCGGUCUGAUGAACAACGGCUGGUAUGGCAAAUUCCACAUGGAGAUGGUCAUCUGGCAUCUUGCUCAUUGGUCGACCUGGGGAAGGCAAAAAUACUUUGACGGCGUAUUUCCAGAACUAUACGAGACAUUGCUUCCUUCCUCGAUCGCCCGUGCGCAGUCGAUGGGCUGGGAAGGAGCCCGAUGGCCAAAGAUGACAGAGUUAGAGACCGGUGUCAGCUCUCCAGGAGACAUCAAUGCGGUACUCAUGUGGCAGCAACCGCACCCCUUCUACCUUGCGAAUUUGGCAUAUCAGGCCAAUCCUACAAGAGAGACAUUGCAACGCUGGGACAAAGUGCUCACUGCAACUGCCGACUACAUGGCGUCAUAUCCUGGCUUCAACAAUAGAACAGGGAAAUUUGACUUAGGACCACCAGCAUAUGGCGUUACUGAGAACACGCCCCCGAACUCGACGCGGAAUUUGGCGUACGAAAUCGCAUACUGGCGCUAUGGGUUAGACGCCGCCAUUGACUGGAAGCGGAAACUGAAUCAAGCCGUUCCCGAAAAGUGGACCCAUGUAGCCGCAAAUCUUGCGCCGCCACCAAUCGUCGAUGGUCUGUAUGCUGUGUACGACGGGCUGAACAGUUCCUGGUGGAGUGACCCUAAGCUCACUGGUGACCCGCGCAGCCUCAUCAUGCUUCAGGGUAUACUCCCCGACACACCGGCAGUCGACCCCGCUGUUGCUUUGCGCACCGCAGAUAAGGUCUGGGACAUCUGGGGUGAUGCACGCAUCCGUGGAUGGGGACGCCCCGUGCUCGCAAUCAACAGUGCAAGGAUCGGCAACCCUGAACGCGCGAUUUAUCAUCUUACUGCCUAUGACUACUGGAAGUUUGAUGACGCUGGCUUCGCCAUCAGAGGUGGCGACGGAGGGACACCACCGCCGUUUAUGCCUGGCAACGCUGGUUUCUUACUAGCCGUUGCGUAUUGCGCAGCUGGAUGGCAGGGCUCUGAGGGCGACGCGCCAGGCUUUCCUAAAGACGGCACCUGGGAUGUGAAACACGAGGGGCUUCUGAAGGCGUUGUAA